AUGGCGCCUCUAGACGCCGACAAUAUUUGCGCAGUGUUCAAGUGCAUGGAUUCAAUGAGAGCAAUCACGAAAUGUAUACAAUUUCGAAUGGCUGUGCUAGCUGACGAUGUGCCUCUUUGUGGUAAUGGCAUCUUUGAACUUCUGGACGCUUCCAAUGGAUUUCCGGCACCUCCACAAAAACGAGAUCACGUAGCCGUGGUGGCCAAUGUGGGCGAUCGGAUCAGUGUUCGAAUAUUCGAGAAUGAUACCUCCUAUUUCCCACCGGUGAGGUGCUCUCUGCGGAUCGAGACAUGUCCGAACUGCCUGCUUAAUAUCAAGCACACACCGCCAGUGGACAUUCUGGACGAGAGCGAAAUUAGAAUGUUGCCCGCUUGCUAUGAAUCGCUCCUCGAUCCAUGUUUCGAUCUGCGAUUCAUCGAAGACAAGGCCGACUCAGCGCUUGAUUUGAUCUAUCAAAAAUCUUCCAUAUGGGAGUUUCCACAUCGAUCCGAAUUAAACAGUACAGGGAACUCUAUUGUUUUGACGAUCAACAUGUGGAGCAUCCAACCGAAUACUACACUUAGCAAGUACAUUGAUAAUCUUUUCCCAUUCUUCAUCACUGCCGUCUCCAACGAGGUCGUUAUUACUGGUUCAUCCACAGACAGUUUUCUCUCUCCAAACCAGUCUUCGCUAGGAUUCAUAGAGUCUCCAAGGUAUCCAGCAGCUUAUCCACGUUCCUUACUUAAGAACUACACGCUAAUCAAUUCGGAUCAAAACGGCUACAUUCGUCUAGUUUUCGAUGAUUUUCACGUACAUUUCCAGAGUGAGAUGCAGAUUUUCGAUAGCGAUGGUCGUGAAAUUAUCAGUACCAAAAGUGAGAAUCGUCGUCCACCUGCCAUACUAUCAACGGGGAAUCGGCUAAAGAUCCAAUUCAACGCUCACGAUUUUACACAAACAGUCGGCUUCCGAGCGAGGUAUGAGUUUGUCAACGACAAAGAAUGGGCUGACAAACCGAACUCCCGAGACUGCGAUGAAAUUCUGGAAGGCUACGGAGGUGAAAUUAAAAUGGAUGGUAAUCUUCACCUGAUCAAUACAUAUGUGGACUGCAUAUGGAUCAUUGGUCGUUUCCCACAUAUGGCACGCACCUUUGACAGGAUUUAUUUGAAGAUCGAAGAAUUUCAUAUGAAAGGAGUAGGACUUCGACUGGAGGUCAGAGAAGGCGCUUCGUCUACAUCGGAUCGUCUUUUGCUACUUUUUGACUCACAAACACGUGAUCAACUAGAGCAUAAACAGCCUAGAAAUGGAUUUACAACAACCUCUUCAAUGCCAGCGUUUUACGUUCGUCUGCGGGGAUAUUUGAUGGGGAGCAGCGGCUUAGAGAUCGUCUACACACAGUUUUACCGUUGGGCAACAGCACUUUGUCCAGGUGCGGGAGAGUUCCACUGUGAUAACGCUAGAUGCAUCAAGGGCACGUUACGCUGCGAUGGUGUGAAUCACUGCGGAGACGGUAGCGAUGAGCAAUGCCAAAGGCCAAUAUCCGAUUUUAAACAGCCUGAUUCCGAUGUUUCCGGUCUAAUCGCAUUAGUAAUUGGUGUAUGCGGAUUGAUUCUUCUCAUUAUAUCGACCACAGCCGUGAUGGGUCGAUUCUAUCGUAGAAGAAUUGCGUCUCAACUAAGUGGUGCUGAUCUUUCUACAGGUCCCAACUACCCUCCCGAAGGUGCCGUACCUAGCAUGCAAACAGUCGGAGAACGACGUUUUUACGUUGUUCCAGAGAGCCAAAUUUCUGUCAUAGAAGCUCCACCCUCUUAUGAUGACGCUCUUAAACACCCCGCGGUUCCCACGUCACGAACGCCUGCUUACAUGAAUCAAGGUUACAUGGGUGGCAGUGCAUCCGAGGAAAACAUGAUCCAAUCAGCAAACUCUGAGGCAAUCUCCGCCUCUGAAACGGACGUCGACAAUACGAUUAACGUAGCUUCAGAAGUAGAUGAUCGACGGAAUGAGAUGACAUCACCUCAGCCCAUAUCCAGGUUAAAUGAAGCCAGCCAACCAGGAACUUCUGCAUCGUCGCCAAAUUUACGACGAAAAGAAGACGAGUCAUGGCUCCGCAAUAGCACAAGAAAGUGGAACGUGAACACAACGGCAAAGUUGAUAAUUACCGAUCACUGGGCCAUGUCACUACCUCCUGACCUCGAGCGCGAUCCUCAUUUUAUAGCAACAGCAACUACGAUUUUGCGAAAUCAGAUCAACGACACGCAGAAGGAGGAAAUUAUAAGAGAUGCAGAACACCAGUGUUGGCCUGUGGGCAGACUACUUUGGUUGAAGAUUCAAAACUUAGAUAUUUUUCAUAUUAAACUUAACAGUCAACAAGCUACAGUUUGUUCUCGUUCGAUUGAAUCUUUGCUACUGAUCGACUAG